AUGGGCUCACUCAGCAUCGACAUUCCUCACCUGAGGCGCAAUGAGAAUUCCAAGCAGCUCAUCGUCAACGGAUGCCCAUUUCUCAUGAGAGCAGGCGAACUUCAAAACUCUUCGUUGUCAUCGGUUGAGUACAUGGAGCCGAUUUGGCAAAAGAUGGUCGACACAAACAUCAACACUCUGCUGGGCUCUGUGACUUGGGAGAUGAUAGAGCCUGAAGAGGAUGUUUUCGACUUUUCUGUCCUGGACGAGAUCAUCAUUGCGGCACGGAAGCACUCGAUGCAUCUUGUGUUGCUUUGGUUUGGUUCAUUCAAAAACGGUAACGUAUCCCUUCUGAGACAUGGUUGGCAAACAUUGACGGGGCUUAGGUCUUUCGACAUAUGUGCUAUCGUGGAUCAAGCAGAACACGAAGCGAUUCCCCGAGCAAAACUACGCAAAGCUGGUGGUCGUCUUGAAGCGGCUGAUGUCGUAUCAAUCUUCCACCCGGAAUGUCGUAAAGCUGACACCAAGGCCUUUGGUGCACUCAUGCAACAUCUACGCGAGUUCGACGAGCCAUACUCCACAGUCAUCAUGGUUCAGGUUGAGAACGAGAGUGGUUUGCUGGGCGAUUCGCGUGAUGGGUCUGAACUAGCCGAGCAAGCCUUUCGCCAACCUGUUCCUCGGGAGCUACUUGACUUCCUCACUUCAAGCUGGGAGAGCCUUCACGAAGAUAUGAAAACGCACAACCUGGCACACUUCGAUCCUCUGCGCGAGUUUGAAGGUGGCGACUGGGAGACAGUUUUCGGAUCAAGUCCACAUACCGACGAGCUCUUCAUGGCGUAUCACUACGCUCUCUACGUGAACCAAGUUGCAGCCGCUGGCAAAGCACAAUAUCCUAUUCCACAUUACACCAAUAUGUGGAUGAACUACGCCGGGGAUGAUAGCGAUAACGACUUCCCUGUCAUCGUGGGUGGGGGCGAUAUGCCCGGGGAUUAUCCCUCUGGCGGUGCUGUAAGCAACGUCAUGGAUAUCUGGAUGCAGUUCGCACCCAACCUGGACUUCCUCGGCCCUGAUAUCUAUCUCAACGAUUACGGCAAGUCCUGUGCAAAGUAUAGGCAUAGAAAUCAGCCGCUCUUUGUUCCGGAAAUGAGACGAGAUGAGUAUGGCGUUCGGCGUAUAUGGAUUGCUUUUGGCUCACAUGCCGCCAUCGGCACGUCUCCUUUCGGGGUUGAUACGGUAGACCCAGCUGAUAGUCCCCUCACCAAGCAUUACGCGCUUCUUAAGUCAGUGUCAGCUAUUAUUCUUGAAGCACAGCGUCAACGUAACUCAUCAGUCGGGUUCUGCUUCGACGAGAUUGCCAGCUGUGAAUCCAAGAGCAUCUCUCAACCCAUCAAGCGGAGCUGGGGAGGUUUCGACAUCACAAUCGAUCGAUGCUUUGUCUUUGGAAAGGCAGGGACAGGAUCAGGAAUGGUCAUUCAUCGAGGGGGCGGCAAGUUCCUUCUGAUCGGGUGGGGGUUCCAUGUCAGCGCAAAGAGUACGUCGCAGAAUGCAACUUUUACCGGGAUCCUCAAAUUCGAGGAGAAGGCUGUCGAUGAUGAGGAGACUGGUAGUUUGCGAACAGUUCGUGUUUUGAAUGGGGAUGAGACCAGGAGUGGCAGCCUUGCUAUGAUGCCUAACGAGGAUCCUGAUUAUGGCGGCUUUCCUAUAUCUGUCACUAUCCCAGCUAGGACGAUGAUUGCCGAGGUAACGUUUUAUUCUGUCUCCGAGUAG